AUGUACUUUGAUAUUAAAGAAGAAAAACAUGGAUUUUAUGAGUUCGUUUAUGCAUGGAAAGUAUUAAUUUACAGAUUCAAACUCACUAAAGAUAAAAAACAUGUAUGGAUAAAACUUAAAGAUAAGGCAGAAAAAAGAGAACUGAUGCGAGACAAAGAUGGGAAUUAUUAUUGUAAAGGAGUUAAUUUAAAUGUUUAUAUUUAUAAAUGUGAUCUUGUUAGAGUAAAAGAAUUACAUAUGGAUUAUUGCAAUUCUUGUAGCUAUUUAGAUUACUUUACUUAUUUAUCUAAAGGAUUAUAUUUAGGUUGUGAGAUAUGUAAAAAGAAAGAGUUUCAUUAUCAUAAAAUAUGUGGAAAAUGUUAUAAUUCAAUUUAUUCAAAAACUAUUGGAUUUGUAAAGGAAACAAUUUUUGUUGAAUGA